UUGCCAUUAUGGGCCAGCGCUGUGACAGGAGAUGAUGUCAGAAUUGAGAAACAAAUGGGAUGUGAUUGCAUGGAGGAACAGGGCUGGUGGUGGCCUCUUUCCUUCCCCUUAGCUACUGGACUCUUACCCAAGAAUCCAGUACCCUGAUAAGCUAAGCCCAGUCCAGCUGAGUCAGCUGAGCCCAGCCCACCAGAGUCCAACGGAGCCGAAUCCAGCUGAGCAAAGCCCAGCCAUCAGGGAGCAAGACCUGGAAUACCCAUGGUUCUGGUGAUGCAGGAACUGCCUCUCAUGUGCCUGAUGCUGCUCUUGCUCUGCAGAGACCCAGGUGUGAGUGCCCAGGUGGGUCAAAGCUUCAGUCUGCAGCAGCCCGAGGGCAAGGUGUCGGUGGCAGUGGGGGAGACGCUCACCCUGAACUGCACCACGUCAGGACUCACUGCACCAGGUCCUGUGAAGUGGCUGAAGGGCUGGGGCAGUGGGAACAAGACCAUCUAUGACCAGAGAAUAAAGGAUCCCCGUGUGACAAGAGCAGUGGAUGUGUCCAACACAGACUUCACCAUCCACAUCAGGAAUGUUCAGCCUGAGGACACGGGCACCUACUACUGUGUGAAGUUUGUCAAGACAUACAGUGGUGUGGAUGAGCUGUUUCAGCAUGGCAGUGGCACAGAGGUGUCUGUGCAAGCCAAACCCAGCCCCCCAGUUGUGUCUGGGCCUGAGCAGAGAGCGAGGCCAGAGCAGCCGGUGCUUUUCACCUGCACGACUGGAGGGUUCUUCCCCAACACGAUUACGGUGAAAUGGUUCAAGGACAGGAACCCCCUGACUGCUCCGCUGCCCAAAGUCAUCAAAUGGGGAGUGAAUACCUACAACAUGUCCAGCACAGUGAUGGUGACCCUGCAGAAGGAUGACGUCCGCUCGCAGCUCAUCUGUGAGGUGCAGCACCCCACACUGCAGGACCCGCUGCAAGGGAGGUACCAGCUCAGCAGAGCUCUACGAGUUCCCCCCAGUGUCAAAGUGCACGCUGAGCCGAGCCCUGUUGAGGUGAACAAGACCGUGACCUUCACCUGCCUCGUGAAGGAGUUCUACCCAGCAAGUGUGUCUGUUUCCUGGCUGGAGAAUGGGAUUGGGAUACAGGGGAAGAACGUCUUCCAGCCCUCUGAGCUCCCCGGGGGCUUGUUUCAGCUGAGAAGCCAGGUGGAAGUGCAAGCGACGGAGGAGAGGAACGGGUCCACGAUCACCUGUGUGGUGGUGCACGAUGCCCAGGGCCCUGCCAACAACUCAGCCUUCCUGUGGAUCUUCAACCCGGGCCAGGCAGGAUUGAGCAAGGGAUUCCAGAUGGAUAAGGGUGCAAACCCUCUGUCCAGCCUCCUCCUCCUGUGCCUUGGUAUCCUGCUGGAGAAGGGGCUUCUUGGUGGGCUCCUCCUCUUCCUCUUCAGGCGCAUGAAGGGAUAAGCAUCAGAGAUGUUGCCCUAUCCUGCUCUGUCUCAGUCCCUGGCUCCUCAAGGCGGGUCUCAGGGCUUGGCCACUGCCAGCAGUAAUAUGUGAAUCUGGAAAUAAACGAACCAGGAUGCAGAGGCUGCUGUGGGCUGCUCCGCACCUCCAGUCCCAACCCUGCCUGUGGCCGCUCUGCUCUGGGGCUUGGUGCUGCCCAUCCCCGGCACCCAGUGCUGCACACUGGCACUCGGUGAUGCCCAUCCCAGCGCUCAGUACCCACUGCUACACACACGGUGCCCGGUGCUCGGUGCUGCC